CACAGGGAACCAGGUGCAGCCAACGGGCAAAGUGUGGGUAACCAAAAUGUCUGGAUUAUAUAGGGAAGAGUAGCUCAGGUACCCAGGGCUGGAGAGUUCAGGGUAGGAGGUGGGGGUAGGCAAGCGAGGAGGACCCUGUAACAGGUAAGCAGUGAGAACAACGGGACAACUUGGCAGCCAGUGUCCCCCUUGACUUGUGAAAGGCACCUCAGCCGCCAUGAGUCGAGGUUUUGAAAUGUAACUAUAGCCUACAUCAGAGCUGGUAGGUGCACCGGACUACUCGUGACCCGUGGAUCCCUGGCAUCGCAGAGCUGCAGGCACAGGAACUAUCAGCUUUCUGGAUUAUGAGACUGUGGCUCGCCUCACUCGGGCAUCUGGAGACUUUCCAUAUCUGCAGCCUGGUGAGACCAAGUACUCCUGGUCCAGAGAUGAGCGUCUGUUGCUGGGAUGACCUGCCACUUUCUAUCAGGAGCGCAAGGAUGCAAUUCUCUUCAUCUUCCUCUUUUCACAGUGGAGUCCAACCAUCCUCCUGCACUAACAUAUCUAACUUUCCGGAAGUCUAAGAGGUCCUAAGCUUGCUCCGCCCUCCGGGCCACGUGAACGCGGCAUUCCUAAACCCCGGAGGGCUGGCCGGACGCUGGAGGGCGGGCUCAGAAUAGGACACAAAUGGACCGGAAAAGAAUGACAGUUUGGGGGCGGGGCCAGAAUGGACCUAGAAAGCAGGUGCGGGACCUUUAGGGCGGUUGAGGGGACCGAGAGACCUAGAAGACCGGUGGGACCACUUUAAGUAAUGUAAUUGUGCGGGUUGGGCAGAUCCUGGAGUCAGGCGCUCACGGGCCGUGUUCACAUUCCUAAAGGACCUGUUGACGGUGACCCCCGCGUGAAGAUUCAGGGUUGCUAAUGAACUCAGAGUGGAGGGAAGGGCCAAGAAGGCUGGCACCAGGGCGAAGUAAAUGAACCUUGAGGUGUGGCUCCAGGAGCACCAAUGAACUUGGGAAGGGUGAGCGGGUGGAUCCAGGGGCGCCAAUGAACUUGGAGAAUGAAAUUAGAAAGGAAGGGCGGGCACCAGGGGUGGAACCAGGUAGGCUUGGAGGGAGGAUCCAGCCCUAUCCGGGAGAGCAGAGUUGCAGGGACAGAAGUAACCACUUGGCGGAAUGGAAAUACAGGGGGCGUAUCAGGUCCAGGAGGAGGGUUCAGGUCAGACUCCUGGGCUAGUUUCAGGGACUAAAGAACCCGGAGGGCGGGACGGGCACUAGGGAGGGACUAAUGGACCUAGAGGGUGGAUACCAGGGGUAGAGAACCUCGGCGGAGAUAGAGCUGGUACCAGAGAGAACCUGGAGGACUGAGUGACCAAGGAGGCGGGACUUGGGGGGGUGCUUCAGGGAGUGCAUGGGAGUCCACGGCAGGCUCAGUACUGGCGUCUGAGCCAGCCUCAGAAGGAAAGAGCUAGCCAAACAAGAGCCCGAGCCGAGGCCACAGCCCUUGGGCAGUAGGCGUGACCUCUGUUGUCCCGUUCAAUCCCUGCACCCAUUCCCUGGUGGCUUGGACCGAUGAAGCUCAUCGUUGGAGAGCAGGGAAACUGAGGUGGUGACUACGGCAGUUCGUCCACUAGAGACCCUUUCAAUCGCCCCUGUGGCGCUGCCUGGAGCCGAGAGCAUGGCAGAGACGCCACUGUCCCCGGUCCGUGGAGACUCGGGGUGCUCUUCAUCCGGGAUGUGGGCCGCACUUUACGACUACGAUGCGCGCGGCGAGGACGAACUGAGCCUGAGGCGCGGUCAGCUGGUGGAGGUGCUGUCCCAGGACGCCGCAGUGUCAGGCGACGAGGGCUGGUGGGCCGGCCAAGUGCAGAGGCGCCUGGGCAUCUUUCCCGCCAGCUACGUGGCGCCGUGUGGCCCGGUGCCGUCGCCUGCGUCGCCCCCACCGCGUCCCUGCUCACCGUUGCACGUGGACUUCGAGCGCCUGGAGCUCAAGGAGCUGAUCGGUGCCGGCGGCUUCGGCCAGGUGUACCGCGCCACUUGGCAGGGUCAGGAGGUGGCGGUGAAGGAGGCACGCCGGGACCCUGAGCAGGACGCGGCGGCGGCGGCCGAGAGCGUACGGCGCGAGGCGCGACUCUUCGCUAUGCUGCGGCACCCCAACAUCAUUCAGUUACGGGGUGUGUGCCUACAGCAGCCGCACCUCUGCCUGGUGCUGGAGUUCGCGCGCGGCGGGUCACUCAACCGCGCUCUCGCAGCUGCCGCUCCGGAUCCCCGAGUACCAGGCCCGCGCCGCGCACGCCGCAUUCCCCCGCACGUGCUGGUCAAUUGGGCAGUGCAGAUAGCCCGCGGUAUGCUCUACCUGCACGAAGAGGCUGUGGUACCUAUUCUGCACCGAGACCUCAAGUCCAGCAACAUUUUGCUACUGGAGAAGAUAGAACAUGAUGACAUUUGCAACAAGACACUGAAGAUCACAGACUUUGGGCUGGCAAGGGAGUGGCACAGGACUACCAGGAUGAGCGCAGCAGGGACCUAUGCCUGGAUGGCUCCUGAGGUCAUCAGGUCCUCCCUGUUCUCCAAGGGCAGUGACAUUUGGAGCUAUGGGGUGCUGCUCUGGGAACUGCUCACAGGCGAGGUCCCUUACCGUGGCAUCGAUGGACUGGCUGUGGCAUACGGGGUGGCCGUCAACAAGCUCACACUGCCUAUUCCAUCCACCUGCCCUGAGCCAUUUGCAAAGCUUAUGAAAGAAUGCUGGGAACAAGACCCUCAUAUCCGCCCUUCGUUUGCCUUAAUUCUUCAGCAGCUGACUGCAAUUGAAGGGGCGGUGGCGACUGAGAUGCCCCAGGAGUCCUUCCAUUCCAUGCAGGAAGACUGGAAACUGGAGAUUCAGCAAAUGUUCAAUGAGCUUCGAACCAAGGAGAAGGAGCUGCGGUCCCGGGAGGAGGAGCUGAGUCGAGCCGCCCUGCAGCAGAAAUCCCAGGAAUUGCUGCUCAGACGCCGGGAGCAGCAGCUGGCAGAGCGCGAGAUAGAUGUGCUGGAGCGGGAGCUGAAUGUCCUCAUCUUCCAGCUGAGCCAGGAGGCACCACACGUGAAGAAGAGAAAGGGGAGGUUCAGGAGAGGCCGGCUGAGGCUCAAAGAUGGCCACCGCAUCAGCCUGCCUUCAGAUUUCCAGCACAAGAUCACAGUGCAGGCCUCCCCAACCCUGGACAAGCGCCGGAGCUCGGACAGCCGGCUCUGCAGCCCUCCCAGCAGCCCCUUGAUGCUCCCCCGCCUCCGAGCUAUUCAGUUGACUUCAGAGGAGAGCAAUAAAACCUGGGGACGGAAUGUGGUCUUCCGACAAGAAGACUUUGAAGAUGUGAAAAGGAAUUUCAAGAAAAAAGGCUGUACGUGGGGACCAAGCUCCAUUCAAGCGAAAGAAAGACCGGAGGGCCGAGAGCGGGUCAGGCCUCUCUCAGAUGGCAACAGCCCUUGGUCGUCUCUUUUAAUAAAAAGUCAGAAAACCAUGCCGUUGGCUUCGUUGUUUGUGGACCAGCCAGGAUCUUGUGAAGAGCUGAAACUUGUCCCUGACGGAUUAGAACAUAGAAAACCAAAGCAAAUGAAGUUCCCUGGCCAGGCCUAUGUUGGUCUACCUCUUUGCAAAGACAGCCAGAGAGAGCACCCAGGAGAGGCUGAGAGUCGCGAGGAGGGACCCUCUAAAGGCUCCCCAAUGAACAGUGUUGGUGCCCCCACGCUGAGGAAGAAAACAGAGUCUGCGUUGUGUGAGUGUGGGGAGAUGCUAGCAUCACUGGCGUUGGGACUGGAUGUCAGGAAACUCCGUGGAGCCCAGGCCCCCCAGAAACCAUCACCCAAGGAGGAAAAGAAGAGAGAGGACUCUCUUCAGUGGGUCUCCAGGUGCCAAGCAAGUACCAGCCCACAUCUCAGACAGCCAUCUACAGGCAGGGUACCUAGUGAUGAUCCUUCUCUCCUGCCGCCAAGUGCCACGAGCCUUUUCUCAAAGUCUUCUCUCUCCACGAAGUGCUUGCUGCCUGCUUCUGAGGAGGAUCCUUCUUUGGGGAACACGCAGAUCUCUUGUGGUCCCAUGAUGCUCACCCCAGCCUCCUGUUCUGCCACCCCAGAAAGCAGCUGUGAACUCAUCCCUGGACCAAGACUUAAGAAUGACUAUGGUGUGCUGAGAAGCAUGUCACCUGCCCUCCUGGAGCAGACAGGGGAAAACCCACCAGCCUGUGCCCCUGUAGGAGGCAAGGAAUGCCAUCAUGCAUGGAUGGAAUCCAAAGAAACUCCUUUCCAGCCUCAAAGUGCCCCUGAAGACUCUGGGCUACCACACUCUGCCUCACCUGGUCCUCACAAUGAGCUGGCAAGCCAGGACUUUCCUGUGCAACCCCAAAGUGUUCUGACCAAUCGUCCGGCAUGCCCUGUCCCACCACAAAGCCCACACACUGCUUCCCUGAGGACAACACCCCCCCAUACCUGGACCUGUGACAUGGAACAUGCAGUGCCAGCCCUCGCCUGUCUCCUCGGUGCCCAGGAGAGAAGCAGGUUCCAGGCACCUUCUUUGUUGGAUGCCAGUGUGGAAGGUCAGAGCAAGGACUGCACCACGCCCUUGUGUAGAGUGAAGAGCGUGGCGUGCCAGCCAUCCAUCUAUGCCCUGGAGAAAGACUUUCUGACCUGAGGGCCUUGGCUCUCCCAGCAUUCACAUUUGAGGCGGACACACGGAGGCACCGUGUGCCUUUGUGCUGUGUUUCCAGCUGUGACCCAGGACACUAGUGGUGGAUGCCGACUCUGAGGUGUGCCAGUGGCUGCUGUUGGCUGUCCGUGUCAUGCCCACUGGAUGUUAGUUACCCAGCGACUUGAAAUAUACAGAAGUUCAGCCA